GCCGCCAGCGAAGGUGCCUGGGCGCCGGGCCCUCCCCGCGGCGGCCGUCAGCGCUCGGAGCGGGCUGCGCGGCGGGAGCUCGGGGAGGCGGCCGCCGCUGCCGCCGCCGCGCAGGAGCAGCAGGAGGAGAAAGGGUGCGCAGCUCGGAGGCGGGGUGCGCCGGUGGGGUGCAGCGGAAGAGGGGGUCCAGGGGGGAGAACUUCGUAGCAGUCAUCCUUUUUAGGAAAAGAGGGAAAAAAUAAAACCCUCCCCCACCACCUCCUCCUCCCCAGCCCUCGCCGCACCACACACAGCGCGCGGGCUCUCGCGCUCGGCACCGGCGGGCCGGGCGCGUCCUGCCUUCAUUUAUCAAGCAGCUUUUCGGAAAAUGCAUUUGCUGUUCGGAGUUUAAUCAGAAGAGGAUUCCUGCCCCCGUCCCCGGCUCUUCCAUCGUCCCCCCUCCCCUGUCCCUCUUCGUGGAGGCGUGAAGCGGUCCCGUGGAUGGAGGUCCAUGUCUGCGCCCGCGCGUGUCUGUGCGUGUGUAAAUUGCCGAGAAGGGGAAAAAUCACAGGACUUCUGCACAUACUGGACUGAAAAUUGUAAUUCAUCUGCCGCCGCCGCUGCCUUCUCUCGUGCUCUUGAGAUCUCCGGUUGGGAUUCCUACGGACUGACAUUUCUGUGAAGCCCAAGUCUGGGAAUCAAUCUGGAAAUCCUCCUAAUUUUUACUGCCCCCUACUCCUGAUUCAUUUGGAAGUUUCAAAGCAGCUAUAACCGGAGAGUUCUGAAGAUUGAUGGGAUCGUUGCCUUAUGCAUUUGUUUUUGGUUUGACAAAAAAGGAAACUUGACAGAGGAUCAUGCUGUCCUUAAAAAAUACAACAUCACGGAGGAAGUAGACUGAUACUAACAAUCUUAUUAAUAAUAAUGUGCCUCAUGAAAUAAAGAUCCGAAAGGAAUUUGAAUAAAAAUUUCCUGCAUCUCAUGCCAAGGGGAAACACCAGAAUCAAGUGUUCCGCGUGACUGAAGACACCCCCUCAUCCAAGAAUGCAAAGCACAUCCAAUGAAAUAACUGGAUUAUAACUAUUCCUCUUUCUUUGGGGGCCGUGGGGUGGGAACGGGGGCGAGAGGUGCUGUUGGUACCCGGCUGCUCUUCCUCGGUGGAAGGAUGGCGCACGCUGGGAGAACAGGGUAUGAUAACCGGGAGAUAGUGAUGAAGUACAUCCACUAUAAGCUGUCGCAGAGGGGCUACGAGUGGGAUGCUGGAGAAGCGAGCGCUGCGCCCCCGGGGGCCGUCCCCGCACCUGGCAUCUUCUCUUCCCAGCCCGGGGGCACCCCCCCUCCCGCUGCGCCUCGGGACCCGGCCGCCAGGACCUCGCCCCCGGCCGCCCACGCCGCUGCCGCGGGGCCUGCGCUCAGCCCAGUGCCACCUGUGGUCCACCUGACCCUCCGCCAGGCGGGCGAUGACUUCUCCCGCCGCUACCGCCGCGACUUCGCCGAGAUGUCCAGCCAGCUGCACCUGACGCCCUUCACCGCGAGGGGACGCUUUGCCACGGUGGUGGAGGAGCUCUUCAGGGAUGGGGUGAACUGGGGGAGGAUUGUGGCCUUCUUUGAGUUCGGUGGGGUCAUGUGUGUGGAGAGCGUCAACCGGGAGAUGUCGCCCCUGGUGGACAACAUCGCCCUGUGGAUGACUGAGUACCUGAACCGGCACCUGCACACCUGGAUCCAGGAUAACGGAGGCUGGGACGCCUUCGUGGAAUUGUAUGGCCCCAACAUGCGGCCUCUGUUUGAUUUCUCCUGGCUGUCUCUGAAGACUCUGCUCAGCCUGGCCCUGGUGGGAGCUUGCAUCACCCUGGGUGCCUAUCUGGGCCACAAAUGAAGUCAACACACCUGCACCAAACAAAUAUGCAAAAGGUUCACUAAAGCAGUAGAAAUAAUAUGCAUUGUCAGUGAUGUACCCUGUAACGAAGAAGCUGUGCUCUCUCUCUAAAACGAAAACAAAAAAACAAAAACAAAAAAUCAAUAAACAACACACACACAAAACAGCUUUCAGACAAAAUGUCGAAUCAGCUAUUUACUGCCAAAGGGAAAUAUCAUUUAUUUUUUACAUUAUUAAGAAAAAAGAUUUAUUUAUUUAAGACAGUCCCAUCAAAACUCCUGUCUUUGGAAGCCCUACCACGAAUUGCAAAGCACCACUUCAUGUGGCUCCACCUGGGUGUCUGGUGCCAAUAAACACAGAUUUGUUUUCCAUGUUGUUGGCUGGACUGACUCACCAUCUGAAGAGGAGACAGAUGGACAAGGACCUGACUGUCGGUGAAGGCUGGGGAGAAGGUGUUCCUUUUACUUGCAUUUCUUUGCCCUGGGGGGUAGGAUAUUAAUAAAGGGAGGGUGCUGGGAGGAAGUCCAUUCUUUCCUGGCCUGAAGAACAGACUUUGUGCAUAUAACUCAAGUGGUACAUACCUGGUUAGAGGAAAAAAGCUGGGAAUUUCAGAUGAACAUGGUACCCUCCGGGAUUUCCCCAUGAAAGGACAGUGAUGGGAAAAAUGCCCUUAAACCAUAGGAAAGUAUUUUUUUAAGCUACCAAUUGUGCCGAGAAGCAUUUUAGCAAUUUAUACAAUAUCAUCCAGUACCUUAAGCCCUGAUUGUGUAUAAUCAUAUAUUUUAGAUACGCAACACCUCCCCCCCCCUUCCUCCCAAUACUGGCUCUGUCUGAGUAGGAAAUGAUCCUCUGGAACUUGAAGAACUGAGCAUUUCAGCGACGUCUUCAACUUCAGAAAGGCUAAGAGUUACCCAGAGCAACAGGCCGCCACAAGUGCCUGCUUUUAGAGACCCAAGUCUGCAGAUCCUGCCCUGCGUCCCAGCUCAGAGGCCUGGUCCUGGAAAUUGGCCUGGGCACUCGUGGGCCUCCUCCAGGGGUAUUAAACAGAGUAGUGUGGUCUCUGAAUGUUUGGAAGCUGACGGAGCUCAGAAUUCCACUGCCAAGAAAGAGCAAUAGAGGGCCAGGCCUGGGCCUGCUCGCCGGGGGGGCCCCCCAGGUAGGCCCGUUUUGAUGUGGAACCUGGAAGCCACUGCUCUUCUUAAGACAUGUAUCACUGUGGAAGGAAGGAACAGAGGCGCUGUGCCUUUCCUCGCAGAGGGACAUGGGGAAGCCUCAUGGAAACGAAAGAUAAGAGGAGAUGGCGGCCGCCAUUUUGGCCACGGCACAUGCGCACUGGCUGUGCGGACAUCAGCCGGCCAGUGCGUGCGGCUUAAAGCAAGGCUUUAAAUGAUUUUGAGGAGGGUCAUAAAUCCUAAAGGAAGCGUUGAAAUGAGGUGUCAUGGAUUAAUUGACCUAUGGCUAUGGAAUUACAUGUAAAACAUUAUCUUGUCAUUGUAGUUUGGUUUUAUUUGAAAACUUGACAGAAAAAAAAAAAGAGUUCCAGGUGUGGAAUGUGGGGCUUAGCUAUACAUCCUGGGGCGUUAAAAAAAAAAAAAUAAAAUAAAAAAAAGGUGGAAAACUAUAGAGAAGUAGUGAAAGAAGAGAAAUCUCCAGCUAAUAAACUAGAAAGUAUUUUUUUCAAGUUUAGAGUCAGCCUUGAGACAUUUGUGCAUUAACUUUGUGGCAUUAUCACAUUAUAUACCAUUUAUCUGUAUUAACUCUGGAAUGUACUAUGUUCAUUGUUUAAUGCUGUGGUUGAUAUUUCGAAAGCUGCUUUUGAAAAAAAGAUACCUGCAUCUCAGCGUUUUUAAAGAAAUUGUAUUUAGUUAUGGCCUCUACACUAUUCUUUAGCAAAAGUGAUCAUUUUCCAUUUGAGAUUUUUGUUUAUUGAUUCUUCAAAAACAUUUCUGAUAAGGUGAGAUGAGCCCUGAGUCUCAGCUACCUGAGAGACCCUGGAUUUCAGUGGCCACUGAGGAGCUUUGUUUAAACCACGUUGUGUGCAUUUCCAUGUCAACAGAAUUGUUUAUUGUGAUGGAUAUAUCUGUUGUCCCUUUGACCUUGUUUCUUGAAGGUUUACUUUCCCUGGGCAAUCCAGCGUUUAACUCAUGUUACUUAGGAUUACAUGCAUGUUUGGUUAAACCCAUGAGGUUCAUUCAGUUGAAAAUCCAGAUGGGAAAUGGCCAGAGAAUUAAAAUCUGGCUAUGAUAGUUUUGACCUUUAGAGAGUUGCUUUACGUGGCCGGAAAUCAGCAAGACCCAUCUAGAGCCCUCCUGCCCUCCUUCCACAGGGGUCUCCACGGCUCUCCUAUUGGGCCUUCCUGAACCACAGUGGCAGCUACACUCCACUGAGAAAGCAGGAAACCUGUGGUAUGAAGCCAGACCUCCCUGGCGGGCCUCAGGGAACAGAAUGAUCAGACCCUUGAAUGAUGCUAAUUUUUAAGCAAAAUAUUAUUUUAUGAAAGGUUUACAUUGUCAAAGUGAUGAAUACGGAAUAUCAAAUCCUGUGCUGCUAUCCUGCCAAGAUCAUAUUAAUGGAGUCAGUUUGCAGUACACUCCAAGUGGCAAGAUCCUCCAAGCUGCUUUAGAAGUAACAAUGAAGAACAUGGACAUUUUUAAUAUAAAGCCUAUUUGUCUUUUGUUGUUGUUGUUAUUGUUGUUGUUCAAAUGGAUACAUAGAGUAUUUGAAAAAUGUAUAUAUAAAAAAAAGUUACAGGGGGAGCUAACUUCUGGCUGGUUUUCUUUAGCUGUGGGAUUUUGUUAUAUGGUUUUAAUGAUAAAUGUGCCAGCCACCCAACUCCAGAACUGUACAGUAUUGUGGCUGCACUCGCUCUAAGAGUAGUUGAUGUUGCAUUUUUCUUAUUGUUAAAAACAUAUUAGAAGAAAUGAAUGUAUAUAAAAGCCUCAACUAGUCAUUUUUUUCUCCUCCUUUUUUUCAUGUAAUCAGAUUAUUUUGCAACCAGGCAACAGAGAACCAUCCAUAAUUUCGUGUUGAGAAGGGGGUCACACCUGCAUCUUAAUUCCUCUUUAUAAACGAAAGGGAAUCCUCUGUAAGUACUCCUCUUUGCAUUGGGUAGGCUCAGAGUUAAACAGAGCACACAUACUUUCCAAAUUGGAGUUGGGUCUCUAAAAAGAGCCCCAAGGAGAAGAGCAUCUAAGAACCUUCUGGGUCCUCCCAAGCCCUCAUUGCACAAGUCCCCUAAGAGACCAAAACAGCAACUGACAGAUUCUACAGCAAACAGUUCAUCCCAGAAGAUUUUUCAGGGGCUGACAAUUCCUGUAGUCUUAAGAUUUGGAUAAAAUUCAUAUUUGGAAUUAAGGAAGCACCUUAAUUUAAUUCAAACAAAAAACCAGCAUCUCUGCCCCAGCUCACUUAUCUAUGAUUUUCAGAUGUGGCCUUUCAUUUACAUGUGACUUUUAUGUCAUUGGUAAAUGCUUAUUGCUUACCAUCUAAAGACCUAGCUCUGGCCCAGUGGGAAAAAUUAGGAAGUGAUUAUAAAUCAAGAGGAGUUAUAAUAAUCAAGAUUAAACGUACAUAAUUAGGGCAAUCCCAACACAUGUCUAGCUUUCACAUCAAGAAUCUAUUGAAUGAACAGAAUUGCAAAUAGUCUAUAUUUGUGAUGAAACUUAUCCUCAAACAAAUCAUUUAUAAAUAUGAACUUAAACUCAUUCCAAUUGUACUUUUAAGGCAGUGGUUGUUUUUAUACUUUCUUAUCACUUAUAGUUAGUAAUGUACACCUACUCUAUCAGAGAAAAACAGGAAAGGCUUGAAAUAUAAGCCCUUCUAAGGAAAUUAGGGAGUCAGUUGAAAUUCUAUUCUGAUCUUAUUCUGCGCUGUCUUUUGCAGCCCAGACAAAUGUGGUUACACACUUUUUAAAAAAUACAAUUCUACAUUGUCAGGCUUAUGAAGGUUCUAAUCAGAUCUUUAUUGUUAUUCAAUUUGGAUCUUUCAGGGAAUUUUUUUUUUAAUUAUUAUGGCACAAAGGACAUUUGUUGCAGGGGUGGGAGGGAGGAAGAAUUUUUAAGUAAGUAAAACAUUCCCAAGUUUGGAUCAGCAAGUGGAAGUUUUCAGAAUAGCCAGAGCUGUAGGGUAUGAGGUACCUUCAGUAGGGUCAAUGUGACAAAUGAGAAACAUUUUGAAGUUCUGUGGUAAAGCAUUUAGAUUCCCAAGUGCAGUGCAGUUUGGCAGUGUAAUGUUGUACAUUUCAAGCUGGAUAUGUUUAAUAGGUAUUUAAACAAUAAAUUUGAAAUUUUAACCAAUAGGAUAUUUAAUGGCAACCUUCUGGUUGACAGGGACAUCUGUUUCCAAAUGCUUAUUAUGCACAAUACAGGGGAAAAAAAUUAAUAAAAUGUGAUUAAAUAGAACAAUGUUAAACUGAAUUGGGUAAGUGAUAAUACAAGUCUCUUAGCCUUACCCAAUGAAUCAUUCUGUUCCAUGUCUUUGAACAACCAUGAAAUAUGCAUCUCACUGGGCACAAAGAAAACCAGAUGGCAUAUAGAUGGUAUUGCACCAAUUCAUCAUGACUACCCAAAGCCAACAUUCCAUCAAUAACAAAGUCGUUCUUCCUACCAGGCUCAGCAUAGAAGACAAAAAUACUCGUGGAAAAUGAAGGCUAGCUUAAUCAAAAAAUCCUGGAACUGUUAAUAAAUAUGAUUAUAGUGUAAUACUCAGUAAUGCCAUACACCUAAACCUUUUGGGAAAUCUGCAGUGGACCCUCCAGAUAGCUCAUUUCAUUAAGUUUUUCCCUCCAGGGUACCAUUUGAAGGAGUGAUAGAAGAUUAAAUUUCUUUGGGGAAAACUUUCUUUCAGUGAUUGUGUUUAUUAUGAUAUCUUCUUAAGUUCUCAACCAAGAUUUGUUUUUGUUUUGAGUUACUGGGGUUAUUUUUGUUUUAAAUAAAAUAAGUGUACAAUAAGUGUUUUUGUAUUGAAAGCUUUUGUUACCAAGAUUCUCAUACUUUUACCUUCCAUGGCUGUUUUUAAGGUUGAUACUUUUUAGGGGUGGCUGAUAAUCCUGCAAUGCAAUAGACACACAAAAAUAUAUGGUAAGCAUACUUUACAUAGUUAACGCAAAAUAAGUCUCCAGUUGGCCACUAUUAAGUAUAAUGGCACUUUGUUUGUGUUGUUGGAAAAAGUCGCAUUGCCAUUAAAUUUUUUCUUGUCUUUCCAGUUAAUAUUUGAAGAAAAAUAAAGUACAGUGUGAGAUAUUG